AUGCCCUCGCACACGGACGAGGAGCUGUCGUUCCCGGAGGGCGCCAUCAUCCGCGUCCUGAGCAAGGAGACCCACGAGGACGAUGGCUUCUGGGAAGGCGAGCUGAACGGCGCCGUGGGCGUGUUUCCCGCCGUGCUGGUUGAGGACCUGACCUGCGUGAGCGAGAACGGAGAAGCUGGAGACGGUAGCUCACAGGCGUCCCCCUCCACCCUGUCCCAGAGCGACCAGUCUCCCCGCAGCCCCUUCCAGCCCGGCCCCUUCCACAGCAGCCCCUGCCAGUCCAGCCCCCUCCAGCCUCCCUCCCUGGCCUCCCCGCAGUCCAGCCCCUCCAGCGCCUCCGCCUCCCCCAUCCCUCGGCCCCCCGCCUACGUCAACGGCCACCACAGGCCUCCGCCCGCACCGCUUAAGAGCCCCCUGCAGAGCCCGGCACAGAGCUCCACCCAGCCCCCCAGGUACCCCGCAGACGGGGGGACGGGAACCAUCAGACCCGUGCGUGCGGCCCCCCCGCCCCCCAAGCAGCAGCCCCGCGGCCAGGUGAAGAGGAGGGAGGAGGUGGAGAUCACGCUGGUGUAGCCACAGCGCCGCCCUGGUGGCGGGUGCACCCAGACCCCAGACCUGGUGGAUCCAGGUUUCCUGGGCUUCCUCUGAGGGGGGAGGAGGGGGGGGGGAGGUUCUCCUCUCCAGAGCAAGGAAGCCUCGAGGACUUGACUCCUCCCCCUCCUCUCGGUUUGUCCAAGUAGGGCCCAGACAGUGCGUGUUGGGGGGAAGCGAUACAUUGUGCCUUUCUGUCUCCGUUUCUCUCUCUCUCUCUUUCUCUCUCUCUCUCUCUCUCUUUCUCUCUCUCUCUCUCUCUCUCUCUCUCUCUC